AUGCUUUGGAGAACAUUAUGCGCUGAUUCGGUGAAGUAUACAUAUCCCGUUGCAGCUUGUGAUUAUUUUGAUAAGAUAAUUUUGAUUUGGAGAACUCAGUCUCAGUCUGUAAAUCGUCGUCUUUUUGGUAGCGUGACUGUUAAAUCAGACUUCGAGGAUUAUUCUGCUAUAUUACAAACUGCUCUAGAGCUUGUCAGCGCUGUUUCCUUUGAUCCCAAAUGCGAAGUGCGAAAACUGAUCCCAAAGGAUGCGUUGUUUUCUCAAAAAUGCUAUGAAGUUUCUUACUAUGAAGAUGAACUCGUUGUGGUCUUUAUUCCUGUGCAACUAGAUCUCUGCAACAACAAGAAGACCGCUCAUAUUCCUUUCCCCUAUAAAUUGAGCUGUCAAGUACUCUCUGAGUUCAGGCAAGUAGAAAUAGUUUGUCUACGCUUGAUCCUCUCUGUUCCUACAUGUGUCGCGGAUACCGAUUGUCGAUGGCUCCUCAAUACUGUUUUUCCUGCGCUACACAAGUGGUUGCAGUUCAUUGACCCUCAUAAGACUGUGCGGAAAACCAAUAAUUUAUUAGAUCUUGAAGAGUACAGUCAUAGAUAUAAGCGAAUAAAGGAAGAGUAUGGGCGAAAAUUGGUAGAGAGUUGGACGGAGAAGACUGACCCCAAGAAAUUUGUAUAUGAAGAUUGUGGCAUUGCUGCAUAUUUGCUGGAGUUAUGGAGAAAACGCGGACGUUUUCCGAGGAAAUUCGCCGAUUUGGGAUGCGGAAAUGGCUUACUUGUACAUUUGUUGAAUAAAGAAGGGGUCAGCGGCAUAGGUAUCGAUAUACGCAAGCGGAAGAUAUGGUCGGAACAAUUUUCUGAAUCUUCCUUGAUCGAACAAGUUGUUGAUCCCUCACAGAAAGAAACUUCCAUUCCAUCUGAUGUGGAUUAUCUUAUUGGUAAUCAUACUGAUGAACUGACACCAUGGAUGCCUAUCAUGGCUGCAAGACCUGGUGACUCUGGGAGCCAGUAUGAUUCAUUUCUGAAAUUUGUCAAGGAGGUCUGUGUUCGUCUAGGUUUUGUUGUAGAGGAAGAUCGUCUGAGUAUUCCCAGUACUAAGAGACUCUGCUUCGUUUGCAAUAUACCUCCUCAAGGUCUUGUGCCAAAUGUUGAAGAAGUUAUCCAAGAACUCACGGGCUCUUCAAGCAAAGGAUUCCUUGCUAGACCGAAAGUUGAGCAGAUUCGUAACUGCCUUAAUGUACCAGCAGAGAUUCGAUUGGAUCUAAUAAAUCGGUUUUUUGACAAAAUCUUGUAUAGCAGUAAUGAGGAAAGAGAUGGAUGGCGAUGUGGAGGGGCGAUUGAGCUUAGUGAGUUAGCAACAAUGUUAACAGAUGAGGAAAAGCAGCUUAUGAAGCAACAAUGUGGAGGAUUGCAAACAUUUUUGAGGAAUCAGCACCAAGUUUUCAAGGUAAGAUCAAACAUCUGUAGAUCUUUUCUGUUACUUUGUUUUGAAGUCAGAGUCAUCUAUUUCUUUUGUUACCUUGCGGUUUUUAAACUCUUGCACUUUCACAUUUUGGUCUGUUCAAAGCGCGCUAGUUUGACAGUUUGCAAAUAAUA